ACAGCGUUCCGGGAGUGUAUAUGUGAGUGUAUGGAUUAACUUUCAGCAGAGCGAUGGUAGGCAUGUUGCUUUUGUUCAAGCCAUGCAUUGGGAACAGCUAUUACGCCUCAGAAAAGCCAAGAUCGAACGGUUAGAUGUGAGCAGCCUAGCACAAACAUCUAGUGCAGUGGUCUCAAGCACAGACUGCAGCAUUAAUGCAGACUCCGUUGAUGGAACACCAGAUCCUCAGCGCACAAAAGUGGCCAUCACCCACCUGCAGCAGAAGAUACUGAAGCUGACGGAGCAGAUCAAAAUAGAGCAAACUGCUCGCGAUGACAACGUGGCAGAGUACCUGAAAUUAGCCAACAAUGCUGACAAGCAGCAGAGCGCUCGCAUCAAGCAAGUGUUUGAGAAGAAGAACCAGAAGUCAGCCCAGACGAUCCUCCAGCUGCAGAAAAAGUUAGAGCACUACCAUCGCAAGCUGCGAGAGAUUGAACAAAAUGGCAUCCCUCGACAGCCAAAAGAUGUCUUGAGGGAUAUGCACCAGGGGCUGAAAGAUGUGGGCGCAAAGGUCACUGGCUUCAGUGAAGGAGUGGUAGACAGUGUUAAGGGUGGACUUUCUAGUUUCUCCCAGGCCACGCAUUCGGCAGCAGGUGCGGUUGUUUCCAAACCUCGGGAGAUUGCCUCGCUCAUUAGGAACAAGUUUGGAAGUGCAGACAAUAUAGCUAACUUGAAGGACUCUUUGGAAGAAGGUCAAGAAGACGGGACUGGGGGAAAGACUUUAGGUGUUCAUAACUUUCAGUCGAGCCCAAAAUAUGGCAGUGAGGAAGAUUGUUCCAGUGCCACAUCGGGCUCUGUGGGAGCCAAUAGUACCACAGGGAUCCCCAUGGGAGCGCCAAGCUCCAAAACAAACACUCUGGAUAUGCAGAGCUCAGGGUUUGAUGCAAUACUCCAUGAGAUUCAAGAGAUCAGAGAGAAUCAAGGGCGACUGGAGGAAUCCUUUGAGAACCUCAAGGCUCUCUAUCAGAGGGAUUAUUCCUUGAUAAUGCAGGCUUUGCAGGAAGAGAAAUACAGAUGUGAACGGUUAGAAGAGCAGCUGAAUGACCUGACUGAGCUCCACCAGAAUGAGAUCCUCAAUUUAAAGCAGGAAUUGGCCAGCAUGGAGGAAAAAAUAGCUUAUCAGUCCUACGAGCGAGCCAGAGACAUUCAGGAGGCACUAGAGGCGUGUCAGACCAGAAUCUCAAAGAUGGAGCUGCAGCAACAGCAGCAGCAAGUUGUCCAGUUGGAGGGCCUUGAAAAUGCCACUGCCAGAAACCUCCUGGGCAAACUCAUCAACAUCCUCUUGGCCGUCAUGGCUGUCCUGUUGGUCUUCGUCUCCACCGUGGCCAACUGUGUCGUGCCCCUCAUGAAAACUCGCAGCAGGACGUUCAGCACUUUAUUCGCAGUGGUCUUCGUUGCCUUUUUGUGGAAGCACUGGGAUGCCCUCGCUGGCUACUUGGAACGAUUCUUUUCAGCCCCUAGAUGAUGUUGAGAAGAACUGGCUGUUGC